UUCCAAUAAAUGUUUCAGAAGUUAUCUUGUCGUUACCUCAAUUUUCUUAAUGCAAAGUCUUGAAUCUUGAUGUUCGUUCUAUUAUCCGAGCGUAGAAAUCUGAUUCAUUCACACAGGAAGAUACACUAUUACAUGACAUACUGUCGCCUUAAAAGAUGGGCUCUUCUUUUUCUGGGGAUUGGUUUGAUGAUGAAUUCGGACGGAGAGAGGACUGAACCUCUGGGUCAAUUGUCGACAUCUAGGAAGAAACGGAGGCGACGUGUUGGAGAAUGCAGAGAAUGUGGUUUUUGUGCUAGGUCGGAUAUCGAGCUAAGGGAACACGUCUGUUCCGAAGAAAGCAGAACUGGAGCAGAAUUUUGGUUGAAAGAUGACGACAUGACUUCUUCCAGAGAAACUCCAAAGUUUACUGUAGACAAUGAACAUAACGACCAACAUGAACAUCAGAGUGAUAAUAUCACAAGGAGUUCUUCUGCAAAUCGGCACAAGAUAACGACCUGUGAUCGAUGUGAUUCUGUGACUAGAAAUGAUAAUCUCGAACGUCAUCAGAAAAGUAAUCGUUGUCGAAUAAGGUGUGAAAUCUGUGGUAUAAGUGUUCAGUCAAACUUAUUUUCGGAGCACAAGAGUGUACACAUGAUGGAUUUAAAUCUUCAAUUCCACCAUGGUGAUUCUGUCGAUUCAACACCAAGUCCGAUCGGGGAAGCAGUAGAAGAAGAGUACAUUGAUGUCUAUAAGAACUUCGGAAAGUUUAUUGGUACAAAAGUGAAGUUAGGAAGGUUGAUGAAUAGGUACAAUUUUCAAGUUUCUAGCUUCAGUCCGACUGAGUUGGUUUAUUUAUUUAAGAAAGUGUUCAGAGCUCAGACAAACGCUUUUAAGGUGAACAUUUCCAUGGGUUUGAUUCUUCAACAUAAGACUUCUGGAGAGUACAGAUUUAAUUGGAGUUCGCAAAACAAUCAACUCCUAUUCGUGAAACCAAGUCUUAUUCGUAACUCUAUGGAUAAAAACUCUUUCAUCCAGUCACUGAAAAGUAUUUCUCUCAUUAGCAAAGUUCAACGUCCAAGUACUGAGUGGGUUUUUGUUAAGGUGACAAAUGUUGAGUUCUUCAUUUUCAAGCUACCAGGAAUAGCCAUAGGAUCUUUUGCUGAACUACCACCGCAUCUUCUGAAUAAUAAGGGUCUUAAUGCUUUGACAAAGGACAAAAAGGGACAACCAUACACCGAUAAGAAAUGUUUCUUCAGGUGUUUGGCGUUACUCCUUAACACGCCUCUAAAUGGUUUGGAAAGAGCAACAAACAGACUCUUAAAAAAGUACUGUACGGAAGCCUCUAUUACAAACUUUGACGGUGUCUUCCUUGAACAACUUGAAGAUAUAUCCAGAAUCUUUAACAUUGCGAUCAAUGUUUACACACAAAAAGAAAAUCGUGAUACAGAUUUGAUAUUUCGGUCCACACUUGACGGUGAAAAGGUUUUGAAUCUUCAUCUUCAUGAGGACCACUUUAGUUUCGUCAAGGACCUAGAAUUGUAUUCAAACUCUUAUAGAUGUAAGAAGUGUGAUAAGAUCUGGUCUCAUUCUGGUAACUUCCAUCGGCACAUUAAAAAUUGUGAGGGAGGUGUGAAAGAGAACUAUGGAAGUGGGGUAUUCACGAUCAAACCUACUAUAUUUGAUGAGUUAGAGUCUGUAGGUAUCAAGGUUCCGAAAGAAAACAGAAAGUUUCCAUAUCUGGCUGCUUUCGACAUUGAGUGUAUGAUCAAGAAAACAGGUCGAGAGAGUUCUGAAAAGAUAGAUUAUUCAGCAGAGCAUGAACUUGUGUCCAUCUCCGUGUGCUCAAAUGUAAAAGGUUUCAAAAAACCACAGUGUUUUGUACUUGAAAAAGAAGGUGAGCAAAAGAAGUUGGUCAAAGAUAUGCUUGACUACCUGAUUGAAAUUAGUGAAACAUCAACCAUGAUUUUAAGAGAAAAAUUCACUGACGUUUUGGAGCAACUUGAAAACUCACCUUUGCAGGAUAAGUUCGAAACUUACCUCAGUCAACUUCCCGUUCUGAGUUUUAAUGGAGCAAGAUAUGAUUUGAAAGUCCUUAGGUCUGAGUUGGCUCCCCUAUUGACACGGCUUGACUCUGUCAAGUUUGUGAUCAAGAAAGGGACUGGGUACAUGGUUAUAGCAACAGAAGAGUUAAAAUUCCUGGAUGCGACGUACUACAUAGCCCCAGGUUUCAACUAUGCCUCAUUUAUCAAAGCAUAUGGAGUUGAUAGUACCACCAAAUCAUUCUUUCCAUACGAGUAUCUAGAUUGUCUGUCAAAGCUUAAUUCUAAAGAAUUUCCUUGUUAUUCAGCCUUCUACUCCUCCCUCAAGAACACAAAUAUGCUAGAGCCACCAGUCGGUCAACAGAAAAUUACAGAUGAAGAGAUUUUGUGGAUCAAUCGCAGUCCUACAAAAUCUGAACCGAUAACCCAACCGGAGGCCCAAACGAUCGGAGAAAAGCGUUACGAUAAUCUCAAGACUAUCUUCGAGGAGAGAGAGUGGACUAUCCGAGAUUAUCUUGUGUACUACAACAACAUGGAUGUUGAACCUUUUAUCCGAGCGUUGGAGAAUAUGACCAGAUACUACACGGAUCGAAAUGUUGAUCUGUUUAAGGAUGCAGUAUCAGCACCAGGGAUAGCUGAGCGGAUAGCCUUCCAGACCCUCAAGGAAGACGAAACAUUCUUUCUGUUUAAUAAAAAGAACAAGGAUCUCGUCAAGCUUUUCAGAGAUAAUUUGGUUGGAGGUCCUGCCAUUAUUUUUGAUAGAUUUCAGGAAACAGGCAAGACUAAGAUUCGACAUGAUCCAGACGGUCCUUACUGUGCGAGGAUACUGGGAUUUGAUGCCAACGCACUUUACUUAAGUAAUGCCCAUGAUUUGUGUCGUAUCACGCAAUUUAUUAGUUAUCAGGAUUCAAAAGUUUAGGUAUUGUGUUCAUAUAGUGACAAGUUGAUACCAAGCACUAUUAUCUGAUAUUGACUUUCUGUCUACUUAAACAGUCAAAAUCGGUUCAACGGGUCGGAUAUUACCAUAUGCGGAGCAUUUUGCAACAAAUACUAUGGAUGGUUAGGUGACAUAAUGGUUAGAGCUUCUGCCCGUGCAGAAAUUUCAAAAUCCUAUUGUCACCUAAAGAUCCAUUAGAUCCAUUGGAAACAUAGUACUAGUAGUACUGUUACAAAUAUAUUACGGAAUUAACAUAAGUCAAACUUUCUCAGAGUGCAUGGCUGAAGAGUGUCCUUGUGGAAUGUACUUGAGACGCCAGG